AAGCAAUGAAGGGAAGCUAAGGCGUAUAACAGCAAACAUUUCUGAGAUAAAAAAACGCAAACUUAUGUAAGAACGCCUCCGCAAUGCAUCAGUUUACCCAAUUUUCUUCUGUAUUCUGAUUGGCUGUGUACUAGUUUACAUUACCACUGUAGAUUUUGUUUCUUCUUUUGAUGUACACGAUGCCGCCAAUUACAUGCUGCACAUUUCUACUUUUAAUCACUUUACAUGGGAUUUUCACUUUUCCUAGUUCACGAGAUGAGUAUACGAUUCGUAUGCCAGGAGUUAGGACAACACAGGAUGAUGAAUACUGGUGUUAUUCACAACGAGUUGACAAUGACACAUUUUAUAUAACUAAAUUCGAGCCACUGUAUGAUCCUGAAUUAGCGCAUCAUAUGAUCUUAUUUUCAUGUGAAAAACCUGGAUCAGAAAAUCAUUUAUGGAGAUGCGAUGAAAUGUCUACUAAUACAUCACCUGUAUGCGAAGGAACUCCAGAAAUUGUAUUUGCAUGGGCGAUGGGAGCUCCAUCAUUUAAAAUGCCAGAAGGUGUGUCGUGUAAAGUUGGCUUGGGAACUCCAAAGAAAUACUUGGUCUUGCAAAUUCACUAUAAAAGUUCAGCCUCAUUCGAGUCAGAUGAGAAUAAAGUAGAUACGAGUGGAAUAAGACUUACUGUACAAACGACACCAACCAAUAAAUUGUCUGGGGUAUAUCUACUAGUUAGCGGUGGUAAAGUUCUACCUAAACAGACAACUAAACUUGAAAUGAGUUGCACGUAUACAGGCCAAGCUACACUUCACCCAUUCGCCUACCGCGUUCAUGCACACAGCCAUGGCGUUCUGAAUGAAGGAUACGUUCUUGAGGACAAAAAUAAAUAUUUGAUUGGAUCCAAAUCACCGCAAGUUCAUCAGACAUUUUAUCCAGUGGAGAACAAAUCGCUUGAAAUACAUAAUGGUGAUAACAUUGCAGCAAUGUGCAUCAUGAAAAAUGAUGAAGAUAAAGUUAUCCCAAUGGGAAGUACACGUCAGGAUGAAAUGUGCAACUUCUACGUGAUGUACUGGGUUGAUAAAGACAAUGAGGAUCAGCUGUAUGAUGAAAAAAAUCAAAUUUGCUAUGUCGGUGACGAAUCGGAUAUUGAGAAUGAAAUGAAAAAUAUGUAUGAAUUAUCCAGUUCACAAUUCCCCUGGACAGAUUUUGAUUUUCAAGCUGAAGUAGACGAUGAACCUUUAUUUGAAUUUAACUGAUUUCAUCAACUGACAACCGUUGAUAGCAUAAGAUAUACAAAAACAGUAACUCAGAGUUUUGCCAUUUGAAAAGCUGCUAUUAAUUUCUGUGAUGUGUCCAUUUGUGUUUGUCUUUGCAUUGGUCAUAUUUUGUAUCGUAUUAUUUUGUGAACAUUUGUCUCUGUUGAAUUUUUAUUUGUGCACAUUUUUUGGCAUUGUUUAACUUCUCUUUCGACUGGUUCUUCUUUGGAAUUCUUUUUUAUUUAUUAACAUUCUAUAAUUUAAGAGAUUUCAGUUGGUUUUUUUUGUUUCUAUUAACAGUAUUACUUAAAUAUAUUACACUCAUCCAACUGUUUUCUAUUGCAAAAAUAUUGAAAACAAAGUUGUCUUAUCUUUUGAUUUAAUGCUUUGUGAGGGUUGAGAUGAAAAAUGAGUUUCAUG